AAGGUCUCAGUCAAUAAAAGUUCAUUCGUUGAUCAUUCGUUGAUCAUGACCUACAUUCGGGAGUCUGCUUGUUGUACAUGCAAUGCAAAUUAAUGUCAAGUGCCUCUCUUGCCUAAGUAAACAUGGUGUCUUUGCGUGGUGCCAUCGGCACUGUUGUCCUGGCAGUUGUCCUUUAUAAAGUGGUCAACAUUCUCUACCUGUUGGGGUUGCACAAGACGAUAUUCAAACACGUUCCUGGACCCUGCCAGCUUGUCGACGGUGUGAAGUAUGGUUCGGAAGAUAUGGAAAUGACAUCAGGAGGUCUUGUUUUCAUCACAUCGGGCAUGUCUAUUCGAGCUAUAGUUGGGGACCACCCGAGCUUCAGCAAGGGAAAGGGCCGAAUCCUCCUCUUUGACAUGAAGCAUCCUGAGGUCAAGGUGACCCCUCUUAAGAUCCACAUGCAGGAAAAGGGCAGCAUUGACAUGGAGAAGUUCACUCCACAUGGGAUUUCAUUGUGGGAGGAGAAAAAUUCAGGCGUUGUGAUCGUCCUCGUGGUGAACCAUCCGAACUAUGAAGCAGACCGAGUCGAGAGGUUCGAGUACAGGCUAUCCGAUGGAAGAUUCACACACGUUAGAAGCUAUUCUGAUCCAAUGAUCGGCAUGUUAAAUGAUGUUGUGAUGACGAGUAGCAAGACUUUUUAUUCCUCGAACUACCUCUAUAGCAGCGUCCAGUGGAAGCGGUACAUCGAGAACAUCCUGUUGAGUUGGGGUGGUGUUUUUUAUUUCAAUGGCAAAGACUUCAAAGCCGUCAUCCCAACUGGUUUCUAUAUGCCAAAUGGAUUGGCGAAAUCUCGGGAUGGGAAGUACCUCUACCUCAUCAAUAACGUUAGCUUCCUCAACGUCUAUAAGAUACUGGCCUCUGGUUCUUUGGAGCUUGUCAAGUCCCAUAACAUUUACACUGGAGCUGAUAAUAUCUUUGUUGACGAGACAGGAGUCCUCUGGAUCGGUGCCCAUCCUGUCCCCUGGCAGACAUUCGUACACUGUGCGAACGCUGAUUUUCAGGCCAGCAGUCAGGUACUCCGUAUCAAAAUGGACCAUGAGAAUAUCACCGAAAUGGUGGAGAUUCUCUCGAACGAUGGAUCCCUUGUCCAGGCUUCAGCGUCUGCAAUCGAAUACAACAAGAGACUUCUGGUUGGGACAGUCCAGAAAGAACUUCUGUACUGUGACAUCACAAUGCCACAUGUUCUCUCUUGUGAGGCAAUAAAAGAAGUAGGUAGUGUUUCCGAAUAUGUCAUGUAUUCAUUAAACAUGGUGUCUUUGCGUGGUGCCAUCGGCACUGUUGUCCUGGCAGUUGUUCUUUAUAAAGCGGUCAACAUUCUCCACAUGUUGGGUUUGCACAAGACGAUAUUCAAACACCUUCCUGGACCCUGCCAGCUUGUCGACGGUGUGAAGUAUGGCUCGGAAGAUAUGGAAAUGACAUCAGGAGGUCUCGUAUUCAUCACAUCGGGCUUUUCUGCGCGAGCUGUAAAUGGGGACCACCCAAGCUUCAGCAAGGGAAAGGGCCAAAUCCUCCUCUUUGACAUGAAGCGUCCCGAGAUCAAGGUGACCCCUCUUAAGAUCCACAUGCAGGAAAAGGGCAGCAUUGACAUGGAGAAGUUCACCCCACAUGGGAUUUCAUUGUGGGAGGAGAAAAAUUCAGGCGUUGUGAUCGUCCUCGUGGUGAACCAUCCGAACUAUGAAGCAGACCGAGUCGAGAGGUUCGAGUUCAGGUUAUCCGAUGGAAGAUUCACACACGUGAGGAGCUAUUCUGAUCCAAUGAUCGGCAUGUUCAAUGAUGUCGUGAUGAUGAGUGGCGAGACGUUUUAUGCCUCGAACUUCUUCUAUAGCAGCGUCCAGUGGAAGCGGCAUAUCGAGAGCAUCCUAAUGUUGAGUUGGGGUGGCGUUUUCUAUUUCAAUGGCAAAGACUUCAAAGCCGUCAUCCCAACUGGUUUCUUUAUAACAAAUGGAUUGGCGAAAUCUCGGGACGGAAAGUACCUCUACCUCAUCAAUAACGUUAGCUUCCUCAACGUCUAUAAGAUACUGGACUCUGGUUCUUUGGAGCUUGUCAAGUCCCAUAAUCUUCACACUGGAGCUGAUAACAUCUUUGUUGACGAGACUGGAGCCCUGUGGACUGGUGCCCAUCCUAUUGGCUGGCAGAUAGUUGCACACUGUGAGAACGCUGAUGUUCAGGCCAGUAGUCAGGUACUCCGUAUUAAGAUGGACCAUGAGAAUAUCACCGACAUCGUGGAGAUUCUAUCGGACGAUGGAUCCCUUGUCCAGGCUUCAACGUCUGCAGUCGAAUACAACAAGAGACUUCUGGUUGGGACAGUCCAGAAAGAACUUCUGUACUGUGACAUCACAAUGCCAGUCGAAUAAAAAAACCUUAACAGUAGAUUAGAAACUAGUUGUAGUGUGUGGCAUCAAAGUCACUGUAGAAACAGCUUCUCGAAGCCUGCAGGCUGUGACAGCAUCUGUGUCAGCAUUUCGGGGGGGGGGGCAGAGUAAAAAUGCUCUCAUCAUGAUGAGAGUUAGGGAAUCACAUCAGAUGAACAAAUAUUUCCUACAAAAAUUAAUUGCAUGUUAACUGGAUAUACUGAGUUAUACGGUACAUAACAAAAAGUUCCUACACAAAUUAAUUGCAUGUUAACUGGAUAUACUGAGUUAUAGGGUACAUAACAAAAAGUUCCUACAAAAAUUAAUUGCAUGUUAACUGGAUAAACUGAGUUAAAAAUUAUACGGGUACACUGACUUCGAAAUAACUGCAUGCAAUUUGUGUAAAAUGGGCCAUGUACAUGUAUAGUAGCGUCUAACAUAUCAAUAACCUUUUGCCCUCUGGGUCAUUUACAAUAAUAGUACUAAUACUUCAUUUUCAGAUAACUUUAUCGGACUAAGUGUUUUCUACAGAUGUCUAGAAAAUGUUUUAAUAAAAGGUUUCAAUUGUGAA